ACAAAGUGAGAUACAUAGGGAGAGAGGAGGGAAGUCACUGCUCUUGCUCGUCUGGUUGUAUUCCCGUUUCGAUUCUCGUUCGGGAUGUAUUAGUUGGUGCACGGGUUACACUUAAAUGGCUUAAAACAAUCCUGACUAUUUAUAAGUCCGGAGACUUUUGUCUAUCCUUGACGGCUGAACCCUUGCUGGAUUUUGAAGCUGGAAACAAGUAACGCUGGAAAUAAGAAAAUGCAUCCUACUGGCAUUUUUGUGUUAAUGUUGUGCCACUUGUCAGGAGCUAUCCCGGUUCCAGUAGAUACAGUCAUAAUUCAGGUUCAGCAGUGGGGAGUGGUGGGGGACCAGCGGGUCGUGGAGCAGGUCCUUCUCAAUGGAGUCCCUUUUAUUGGCAGAAGCAAGGAAGUCAGCAUUAUCCAGACCAUAUCACCUGAUGCAUUCCUUUCAACACUCACAAGUCUCAACCAGAUUGCAGUACUGAGAAACCACACUGUCCUUUGGUCUCGUGAGUGCAUACUGGAGGGGUCUCAGCUGCUCUGGACUGACCGUGUGCUCUAUGAUGGAGAGGUCUACCUGACUCUGGAUCACAAUGAUACCUGGACAGCCCACUUAACACAAGCACUGGCCUUCAAAGCUCUGUGGGACCAGGAAGAGCAGCACACAAGGACUGAGAGGAUCCGCCUUCAGGAGGGAUGCAUCAAGCUGAUGAGAGAAUUAAGGCUUUCUGGGGAUCAGUCAGUUCCAGGUUUUCAUUUUCCCCGGUUUCUGAUCCCAGUCUUGGCACUGCUGGCCUUUAUCGGACUUAUCAUAAUCAGCCUCUUCCUCUACAAAAAACAGGGUAUGCGGCACCCUGGAGGUGUAAUCGGCUCAGUUAUACAUUACCCUACAGACAUGGCAGAAGUGCCUCCAGAGAAAAAAGGCAGUGGGUACCAGGCAUUGUAAUUCAACACCAUGACUGAUUAACAGGUUCACAUUGCAGCUCUAUAAUUUAUGACUAAUGUUGGAUGACCACUCAGUCAACCCUCUUCCUUCUGUAUGGACAUUAUCACUCCAUGAACAUAACCAAACCAUGACUCACUGUAAUGAACCAAAUGUGUGUGGUCUAGAUUUUAGGCCACUUUAUUUUAUGCACUUUAACCUGCACAUAACACUGGUGCUUCUAUUGUUUAAUAUUCACACACACACAAACAUGUUCACUGCCUGCAGUAAUUUACAAGCUUCUUUUUGCACAAUUAAGAAUUGUGAGGGCCAACGUUUUCAUAAUUUCUUUAAUUUAUUUAAGUAAACAAUAUAGUGUUAAUGUGCAAUGGAAACAUUCUGUUCUCAGUACAAUAUUUAAUGCAAGUUAAGACUGAGAAUGUCACAAAUUGUCUCAAUCUGUAGAUAAAGCUCUUCUGAAAUCAAGCAUUUUGUUUUGUCACUGAUAGACCAAUCAGAGCGAUAGUCUGCCAAACACUAGAUUUUGUCCAGUUAUCAAAUGAGUGUGACUGAUGUGUUGUUGUUUGAUUUUUAAUACCUUCCUUAUGAAUACAUAUUUCUUUGUGAGUCAUUGUUUUGAUUGUCUUAUGUUUUUCUCUAUUGUGUGUUAAUGUAAAAUGUACAAAAAUGUUUAACUAAAGAUACUGAUAUGGCUUG